AUGUUGAGUAAAAAACGCAAAAUCGACAGCGAAAAUAGGAAGUUUAUGAACGAGUGGACUGAACUAUAUUGUUUUAUAUUGCCUGAAAGGGUUGGAGACAUUCCAGUCUGUUUAAUUUGCAAUUCAACUGUCGCUAUUAUUAAAAGUGGAAAUUUAAAACGGCAUUAUGAAACUACUCAUAAAGAUUUUCAUACAAAAUUUCCUCCAGGCAGUGAAGUGCGUGAAAAUAAGCUCCAUGCAUGUAUGUUAUCUUACAAAAAUAGUACGACUACACUUAUACGGUGUAUGAGUGAACAAGAGAAAUCAACUGAAGCAGCGAUGCGUGUGUGCUGGGUUCUUAAUAAGCACCAAAAACCGUUUUCCGAUUCCGAAAUAGUAAAAGAGUAUAUGUUGGAAGUGGCCACUGCACUUUUUUAA